AUGAAGCACAGUGCCAUCGAAGACCUAGAUUUAACAGAAUUUGUCACCUUCAACCUCAAAUGUAUUCACUUCUUCGGUUACUUUUCCCCACGCUUUGACAAAUCAUCAAAACGACAAUUUUUCUACCGACUUUACGCCUUCACUUUCGUGAUGUUCGCCUUCAUUCUAUCUCUGCUGAGUCAACUCGCCAAAAUGAUAGAAUCGCUUGACGAUAUCGAAAAAAUCACCGACGCUUCGUUCCUUCUCCUCACAAAUUUCGUUCAAUGUAUCAAGAUUUUGUCUUUCAAUUUUUAUCGAGUGAAAAUAUGGAAACUGGUGGAUGGAAUGAACAGGACGUCUUUCAAACCAAGGAAUGUGGAACAGUACGAGAUUUUGCUUGACGGUAUCAAGAUGUCCAAAUUGAUAACAAAAUUGUUUUUUAUCGCUUGUGUCAUCACUUGUGCGUCUUGGGGAAUUUCGCCUUUGUUUGACAGAGACAUCGACGAUAGUUUGCAUUUGCCUUUAAGCGGAUGGUACCCUUUUAGUACUGAAAAAUCGCCAGGUUUCGAGUUCGCCUACGUGUAUCAAUGUUUCGUCACUGUGGUUGGGGGUUUGGGUAAUAUCAGCAUGGAUACUUUCAUGUCGGGGUCGAUCAUGGUUUUAUCGUCACAACUAAGCGUGUUGAACAAUGCUCUCAGAAACAUUAAAGACAAACAUGUAAGUGCAUCAGCUAAGAAGAAUCAAGAGGAACUCAAAAACAUUAAUCGAAUUUUAGUCGAAUGUGUCAAUCACCACAGAAACAUACUACAAUUCGCAGACGACUUUACGUUCCUUUUUACCACUUCCAUCACUGGUAUGUUUGUGGUUGGGGUGAUAAUUGUGUGCAUUUCUAUGUUUCAAAUGAGUCUGGUUCCUGUGGCCAGUUUUCGAUUUGUGGCGAUGUUGCUCUAUCAAAUUUGUGUCUUGGUGGAAAUAUAUUUGUGGUGCUAUUAUGGAAACGACGUCAUCUUGAAGAGUGACAAGUUGACGGAAUCUGCAUAUGUGUGUCAAUGGGUUAACGCAUCCGAAGAAUUCAAACAUAAUUUGUUGUAUUUCAUGACUCGGACUCAGUUUCCUUUGAAGCUGUAUGCUUCUGGGUAUUUUACGUUGUCGUUGGACACUUUUAAAGCUAUUGUGAAGUCGUCGUGGUCUUAUUUUGCAGUCUUGAACCAAGUGCACUCGUCUUAG